AUUUUAAACGUUGUUAUAGAGUGACUCAAAAGUGAAGUGAAGUGAUUUGAAAAAUGCCGCCUAAAACUAGUGGAAAAGCAGCGAAGAAAGCCGGCAAGGCUCAGAAGAAUAUCACCAAAAAUGACAAGAAGAAGAAGCGCAAGAGGAAGGAAAGCUAUGCCAUCUACAUCUACAAAGUUUUGAAGCAAGUACAUCCUGAUACCGGCAUUUCGUCGAAGGCCAUGAGCAUCAUGAACAGUUUUGUGAAUGAUAUAUUUGAGCGUAUUGCUGCUGAGGCAUCACGUUUAGCCCACUACAACAAACGUUCAACCAUUACCAGUCGCGAAAUUCAGACUGCCGUACGUCUACUUUUACCUGGUGAAUUGGCCAAGCACGCCGUCAGUGAAGGUACCAAGGCUGUCACCAAAUAUACAAGCUCUAAAUAAUUUGUCUAACCAAGAUGCAGUGAAACAAAGAAAUCGGCCCUUCUCAGGGCCACAA